AUGGCCGCUGAGGUGAACAGAGGCGGGGGCCCGGUCACGCCUCGCACACGCCCGCACGCCCGAGGAGACGCCGCCAAAUCCUGCAAGAGGCGGAUUCGGUGUCACCUGGUCGGGCUGGGCAGGCAGCUGGGCCGCUUUGUCUCGUCUCAUCACUUGACUCGGGCGAAAGGGAUGCGGCGCCCAUGUGAACCCACUAACGGAAUCCUGGGAAUGGAUGCUCCCGCAGAUAAUAGUAGCCCGCUCGCCGCUCAUUCAUCACGCCGGGAUGAAAGGAAUCCGAAUAAUCAGCUGAUAGCGGAGAGGAGACGUGCCAACGGUUCAGUUUUUGAUCAAUUAUUAUCCUUCGUGACGCCAAAGCCCCCCGAUCUAACAUGCGCGGCUCGCAAUCGGCCCGGGCGAUAUCCGUCGAGUGACAAUGGGUCCAACCGUCUGCUAAGAUCGGGGGAGGAUGCCGCGUUCCGGAGGAGCCCGAUGCUAUCGCGUUUCGUGAACCGCGCCGAUGUC